AUGCGCCCCCGCACCCCGCACCCCGCACCCCUUUUCUGCGGUGGGCUCCUCGUCGCCUCUGACGCCCUCCUGCGGCCGCCCUGGCCCCUGGGUCUCCCCACAGCUGGUCCUCUGACCCUGGCCUGGUCCCAUUUAGCAAAUGCUCCAAUCCUCUUAGGGCCAGGCCGGCCUCAGCAGAGCCGAGAGAGAAUUAGAUCAAAUUUGGCGGGGGGAGUGGACUGUCAUGUGAUGGGCUGGGGGGAGGGGAGUGGACAGAGCGUCGGGAGAGAAAGAGCUCUCCUGCUUGUUGCAGCCUCCAGAGGAGGCCCCACGGGGAGAUCAGCGCCCCCAAAGAGAAAGCGGCGGGAGCGUACCGUGUACAGCAAAGAGCAGUCGGAGGCGCUCAAAGAAGCCUUCCUGAGGACCGAGUACCCGAGCUACCGGGACCGCCUGCGCCUGGCGGCCAGGCUGCACCUGGACGAACACAGAGUGCAGGUGUGGUUCAAGAACCGCCGGGCCCAGCGCUCCCGUUUGGAGAGAGGACAGGCCCAGGGCGGAUACCGGAGGGCCGGCGAUGCGUCCACGGACCCUGGAGCCCCCCGGACUCCCGCCCCCGCCCUGGAAUCUGCUGCCACAGCUGCGAGCCCCAGUUGCCCAGGCGGCCCGGGAUUCUACAGCCGCCCUCCUCCCCCCAGUCCCACUGAGGUGCUCCCAGCACCCGAGCCCGGCGUCUCCAGCUGCGGCCAGGCCACGUGGGUCCCAGCGCAGGGCGUCCACGUGUACGGCCCCGCUGCUCCAACCCCGGCCCCCUCCCCGGGCUGGCCUCAGGACCCCGACGCCCCGAACUACUGCCCAGAUCCUCUUCCGGUUCUGCUUCCUGACAGUGCCCUGAUGUUAUCCCAGGAUCUCUUUUCCAACUCCUCCUCUCCCUUGAAUUCUGUGUCCCCUGUGGACGAGGACGAUUUAGGCUCCCAGCGGUUCACGAAUUUAUAG